CCGCGGGCUGCAGUCGGAGCGGCCGGGAGGUUCGCGUGCUUCUAGGGGGUCGGUCGGAGGCGGGGAGGCCGGAGCUGCGGGCGUGGGGACCUGGCAGCUCCUGAAGCGCAAGCUGGCGGGCAGCAGGAUGGGCCUCUCCGCUGUGGCCCCGCUGUGGGGCCCCCCGGGGCUGCUCCUGGCCAUCGCCCUGCACCCAGCGCUGUCGGUACCCCUGCGCCGGGACUACUGCGUGCUGGGCGCUGGGCCCGCGGGCCUGCAGAUGGCCUACUUCCUGCAGCACGCUGGACGCGACUAUGAAGUGUUCGAGCGCGCCCCGCGGCCCGGCAGCUUCUUCACGCGCUACCCGCGGCACCGCAAGCUCAUCAGCAUCAACAAGCGGUACACUGGCAAGGCUAACGCCGAGUUCAACCUCCGCCACGACUGGAACUCUCUGCUCAGCCACGACCCCCGGCUGCUCUUCAGACACUACUCACGUGCCUACUUCCCCGACGCCCACGACAUGGUGCGCUACCUGGGUGACUUCGCGGACACACUGGGGCUCCGUAUCCAGUACAACACCACCAUCGCCCACGUCACUCUGGACAAGGACCGACGGGCCUGGAAUGGCCACUACUUCAUCCUAACCGACCAGAAGGGCCAGGUGCACCAGUGCAGCGUCCUCCUUGUAGCCACUGGUUUAUCAGUCCCCAACCAGGUUGACUUCCCUGGCUCCGAAAAUGUGGAGGGUUACGAGUCUGUGUCCAUAGACCCUGAGGACUUUAUAGGCCAGAAUGUGCUGAUCCUGGGCCGUGGGAACUCAGCCUUUGAGACGGCAGAGAACAUCUUGGGUGUCACAAACUUUAUCCACAUGCUCAGCCGCUCCCGGGUCCGUCUGUCCUGGGCCACCCACUACGUUGGAGACCUCAGAGCCAUCAACAAUGGCCUGCUGGAUACCUACCAGCUGAAGUCCCUGGAUGGGCUGCUCGAGUCUGACCUGAGGGAUCUGGCCAUCCUGAAGGAUAGCAAAGGCAAGUUCCAUGUCACCUUGAAAUUCUUCCUGGAAGAAGCCAGCACCAACCAGAGUACCGACGCCAUCACCCUCCCCCAGGACGACAAUGACAACUUUGCCAUGCGCGUGCCCUAUGACCGGGUCAUCCGCUGCCUGGGCUGGAACUUUGACUUCUCCAUUUUCAAUAAGUCUCUCCGACUUAACUCGGGAAAUGCAUUCGGCAAGAAGUACCCUCUAAUUCGAGCUAGCUACGAAUCCAAAGGAAGCCGGGGUCUGUUUAUCCUGGGUACCGCCAGCCACUCGGUGGACUACCGGAAAUCUGCUGGGGGCUUCAUCCACGGAUUCCGAUAUACAGUGCGUGCUGUUCACCGGCUCCUGGAGCACCGCCACCACAGCGUCGCCUGGCCUGCCACUGAGCUCCCCAUCACACAGCUGACCAGCUCCAUCGUGCGGCGCGUGAAUGAGGCUUCUGGGCUCUACCAGAUGUUCGGUGUGCUGGCCGACGUCAUCCUGUUGAAAGAGAAUGCCAUGGCCUUUGAGUACCUGGAGGAGUUCCCCAUACAGAUGCUGGCCCAACUGGAGACACUCACAGGGAGGAAGGCGAGGCACGGGCUCUUCGUCAUUAACAUGGAAUAUGGCAGAAAUUUCUCUGGCCCCGACAAGGACGUCUUCUUUGAUGACCGGUCUGUGGGGCACACGGAAGACGCCUGGCAGUCUAACUUCCUCCAUCCUGUCAUCUACUACUACAGAUACCUCCCCACCGAACAGGAGGUGAGGUUCCGCCCUGCACACUGGCCCCUGCCUCGGCCCACGGCCAUCCACCACAUCGUGGAAGACUUCUUAACAGACUGGACCGCCCCGAUCGGGCACAUCCUACCUCUGAGGCGCUUCCUGGAGAACUGUUUGGACACCGAUUUGCGAAGCUUCUAUGCAGAGUCCUGCUUCCUGUUCGCCCUCACGCGCCAGAAGCUGCCACCCUUUUGCCAGCAGGGGUACCUGAGGAUGCAGGGACUCAUGAGUACCGAGAGCCUUUGGCAGCACAGAGUGGAGAGCAGGCUCCUACGGGACGAUGCCCCCACGGGCAGGGACCUGGAGGACAGCAGCCAGCAGCCUGGCGACCAAGAGCUACUAGGUGCCCCCCUGGCUCCAGGGCCCCUGGCUCAGUCCCUCGAUAGCAACAAAGAGGAACUCUGACUGUCCCUUCCUAGGCUGUGGGCACAGUGGCCAGGUCUCCCCACCCAGGCCCAUGGUCAGUUCCUCUUUCCCCGCAACCUCACGCUCCCACCGGUGCGCGAUUGCCAAAGACCAUUCAGAUCAUGGCAGUGACUGCACCAAAGCCACCAGACGGCACGUGAGGGCUGCAAGUCGGGGAUAUGGUGGUCUCCUCCCUCCUGUCUGGGGGCACAAGAAGGGCAUCCUCCGCCAGGUGUGAGCUGCCUUCCUCAGCCCAGCUUCUCUGCAGUGGAGCGAUCGCUGAGCCCCAGGCCAGCCUGGUUCUGCCCCCUCUCAAGUGCUCCUCUUCCUUCCAGGCCCCUCCUUAGAUGGGCCUGCGUCCCGCCUGUGGAGCGCUUCACAGGGGAAACCCAUCUGCAUCUUAAGGGUUUGUGGCAAGCGCUUUAAAACAAAAACUCUCAUAUCCUCAACAACCAUAACGGGCAGUUACGAUUGUUGCCCCAGACGACUGCUGAAGACACAAGCUGAGAGAUGUCAAGUAAUUCCCAGGGACCCCCACUGCGAGUCCCCGUCUGUGUCACUUGCCACACACUGCCUCAACUCCGCCCCAUUUUCAGCAGUAUUUGAACUUAGCUACGGAGCCCAAGAGGGUCAGCCUUGCUUAUCAUCGUAGGCCCAGCAGGCUGCUCUCCAGCAGCAAUAGGACAGCUCCCUGAAAGCCAUCUUAUCUCAGCAACUUUCUCCUUGAGCAGCAGGAUUCAGAGCUGUUCUCCCCAGUUGCACCGCCUGACUCAUCUUCCAACUGGCUCUUCUCCCCCACCCUACUCCCUGCCCUCUGCCAUCCUGAACCACGCCUCGCUUCUAACUUGCCUGGUCAAGUUUUGUAAAACAUAUCCUGCUGUCUCUGUGGUGGGCACCCAUAUGUGCUCACCAUGUGUAAGGUGACAUUUCCUAAUGCCUUUAUGUGAUAAUGAUGAUGAAUUUGGUUCCUAGUCUCUGCUUCAUUGUCCUUCCUCACCAGCAGUCUGCACUCUCCCGUCGGGCAUCUUAGUCUCAUUUAUAAGGGCAUACUAUAAUCACAGUGAUUUUUCAAAGCCCAGGAUCAUAGGUGAUUGCUUUUUCACUAGUUCUUACUAGCUCUUCAUGUAUCCACUCAGAAUUCCAAGGACAAUCCCAGCACUUUGGGAGGCCCAGGCAGGCAGAUCACCUAAGGUCAGGAGUUUGAGACCAGCCUGACCAACAUGGAGAAACCCCAUCUCUACUAAAAAUACAAAAUUAGCCAGGCGUGGUAGCACAUGUCUAUAAUCCCAGCUACUUGAGAGGCUGAGGCAGGAGAAUCACUUAAACCCGGGAGGCAGAGGUUGUGGUGAGCCAAGAUAGCGCCAUUGCACUCCAGCCUGGGUAACAAGAGGGAAACUCCGUCUCAAAAAAUAAUUAAAUUAAAAUAAAGCAUGCACUGGGUGCAGUUGCUCACACCUGUAAUCCCAGCACUUUGGGAGGCUGAAGCGGGCCAAUCAUCUGAGCUCAGGAAUUCAAGGCCAACCUUGCCAACAUAGCAAAACCUGGUCUCUACUAAAGAUAAAAAAAAUUAGCUGGGCAUGGUGGUGCAUGCCUAUAAUCCCAGCUACUUGGGAAGCUGAGGCAGGAGAAUCGCUUGAACCUGGGAGGCGGAGGUUGCAGUGAGCAGAGACUGAGCCACAGCACUCCAGCCGAGGUGACAAAGCAAGGCCUGCAGUGAAGCCCCCAUACCCCAUCUCAAAAAAAU